GGUAGUGACGUGAAAAUGGCGUCCUCCGCUGCCCGGCUGGCAGCACGUUGGCUAUCAGCAUCCGUUUCUUCUGGACACCACAGCGGCCGGUUUCUGACCGUCUCCUCCAGACAUGCAGGACUCUGUUCAGGGACGGUGCUGCCGUCACACCGGGCAGGGUCAGCGGUUAGCACGAGCUCCUGGACACACGGGAAUGUCGUGACAUUGAGAGGACUGACAGGCUCGAGAUGUCCCCAUGGCAUCUCCUGUCAUUCUUUUCACACCAGCAGCAGGUCGACUAACAAGCAGGACUUCUAUGAAGUCUUGGGUGUCUCUCGCACUGCGACACAGAAGGACAUCAAGAAGGCUUACUACCAGUUGGCAAAGAAGUACCACCCUGACACCAACCCAGAUGACCCAGGGGCCAAAGAGAAGUUUGCAAAGCUGGCUGAAGCCUAUGAGGUGCUGAGUGACGAAGUGAAGAGGAAGCAGUAUGACACAUACGGAGCGGCGGGCUUUGACCCAGGCCGUGCUGGGGCAGCAGGCCAGCAGCAGUACUACAGGGCCGGGGGGACCACGAUAGACCCCGAGGAGCUCUUCAGGAAGAUCUUUGGAGAGUUUACAGGAGGAAUGGGCUUUGGAGACAUCCACAACAUGUUUGAACAAAGGCCUGAGUUUGUGAUGGAGCUUACGUUUGCAGAGGCAGCAAAGGGCGCAAAUAAGGACCUGACUGUGAACAUUGAUGACACGUGCCCGAGGUGUGAUGGACAGGGCAAUGAGCCGGGAACCAAAGUGCUUCACUGUCACUACUGCAACGGCACCGGCAUGGAGACAUUGAACACGGGUCCUUUCAUGAUGCGCUCUGCCUGUCGACGCUGCGGUGGGAAGGGAUCAAUCAUAAACACGCACUGCGCUCUGUGCCGAGGUACAGGACAGACGAAGAAGAGGCAGACGGUCACUGUGCCAGUACCUGCUGGAGUGGAAAAUGGUCAGACAGUCCGCAUGCCAGUAGGAACAAGAGAAAUCCUCAUUACAUUCAGGGUCCAGAGAAGCCCGGUGUUCAGGCGCAAUGGAGUAGACAUCCACUCAGAUGUGUUCAUCUCUGUAGCUCAGGCCAUCCUGGGGGGCACAGCCACCGCACAGGGCCUCUAUCAGACCAUCAGUAUAGUGAUUCCUGCCAGUUGCCAGUCUGAUCAGGUGAUCCGGCUGCAGGGGAAAGGCAUUCGGAGGAUGAACAGCUACAGCUACGGAGAUCACUACGUUCACAUCAAGAUCAGAGUGCCAAAAAAGUUGACUCGUAGGCAGCGCUCCCUGUUGCUGAGUUACGCUGAAGACGAAGCAGAUGUUCAGGGGACGGUCAACGGUGUCGAGCCCUCUACAGGAGGGGGCAGCAGCACCUCACAUUCUGGUGUGAAGUCGACCAGCUCAGAGGAGGGACAGGACAAGCAGCCGCAGCAGAAGGAAGAGGGAGGCUUCUUCUCUAAGCUAAAGAAAAUGUUUAGCUGACACUCAGGCUGCAGGUAAAGAACGACGGUAAACAUGGAAAAAGAAGAAAGGAAAUCCACCGACUGGGCCUCCAUGCUGUCUGCUCCUGCUUUGGGGAUUGAGCAAGGAGGAGGAAGAAGAGAGGCAGAGUGGUAUUUGUGUUGACACAGUCACACAUUGUUGAAGCUGCGGUUGGCAAACAGGCCACGCAGACGCCAGGUCCACCCACACACCCACUGGCCCGUCACCACAGACAGGUGCUGAGCUGAGAAACUUAAGAAGUUGCUGGAAGAGAAACAAGAUGGCGACUACAGAGGACUAUUGUGGUACAACUCUCAUCCCUGCGUACUUUGAAACUGCACUGCUCGUUGAGUCACAAAGUGCUCUGCAGACAGUAACUCUCUGUUUAAUAAAACCAAGUAUGAUGAGGCAGACAGGAAUUAAAUGUCAGCUUGAAAAAUACUUAGAAGAGAGGAUGACCACCCACUACACUCAUUUUACUUUAUUAUACAACCAACAUGUCAAAUACACUUUUCCAAGGCACGGUCUAAAUGUUGGUGAGCCUGCUAUGCAAUCACCCUCUCAUCUAUGUAGGACACUGUUGAUGAGCACUAAUUUUUAAGGAAUACUUCACCUUCCCAAAUGACCACUUGUAUAUCAAUUAAUUGUACUGUGUUAAGUGGAAUUUGUCAAGAAAUCUUAGUUAAUACUCAGAUGUCUCCGGUGAACGAAGAAUCCAAAAAUUGAGAGAAUGCUUGAUGAAUUAAAAAAAGGAGACACAAAACUAGUGCAUAUAAUCCAAGUCUUAAUCAAGCUUUUUUUCCACAGUAAUUAGUAUGUAGCUCCUAAAAUGUUGAGGCAGAUGGUACUUGCUGUAGCUCUGGUUGAGGGUGAGAGGCUGCCAGCACAUAGUUUGUUGGGCACAGGGAAACAGAGAUCUGUGUGGGUACAUGAGUCCCUAAAAAAGAAGGUUGAUCAUGGGGAGUACCACCAGCUGGUCCAGGAGCUUCUCCUCCAUGACGGCCUUUUCCAGGCAUAUGUUAGGAUGACUCUGGGGCAGUUUAAUAACAUGUUGUCCAUCGUCGGGCCAUAUAGCUCUGGGUAUCCAACAAAAACGCCAGGCGCCUAGAAACGUGAGUAAAAAGCUUAAUUCUUAUUACAAACGAUUACAAAAAGCUGCCUCCAGCUGCUGAAACGCUUUCUGUGUGAUCAGGGCCUGAGGCAGUGGUAGACCAGCAGCUCCUGUUCUCAGUGAGGUAAAAUUACUGUCAGUGGAGUCUGGCUUUGAAGAGAGUAUAGGUAAGUUUCACUUGUAGUUCAGCUCCCCGAUGUAAAGAGCUGUCUGUUUUGGAAGCACUGAGUAUGCGACUGGAUACAUGACACUUGGAUUAAACUAUAUGUGUUGUGUGAGAGUUUGAAAACACAUGUUUUCAUAUAAUUUUUGGAUUCUUCGUUCACCUGAGGCAUGUGAGAAAAGCAGUUUUCUCCGUAACCUCAAUGUAAUAUAGGGAGAAUAAUUGAUAUACAAAUGAUUAUUUAAGGGGGGAGGUAUUCCUUUAGUGUGCAGUCGCUACACAACUCAGUAAAAAUAAUUUUGUUUUUAAAAAAAAUCCUGGGACUCUCUGGAUAUUAAAACUUUCAAAGGCCAUGAAACAUCCAGUCCUGUGAAAUGCAUUGGGAGAAUAUUCUCAUAUUGUAGAAAUAAAUAAAUAAAAAACUGGUUAAGAAAAGGAAGUCGUGAUUGUCUCAGUCAGACAUAGAUAUGUUCGGUAUGAUUUGUUGAAAAAAGCUGUGUUAUUUAAUAAAAUGCUAAAACAUU